AUGCAAUGCUCUUCUGCUCGAACAACAGGAAAACCUUCUUCAACAUAUUCAUCUACUAUGCCAACAGCUCUUAUCAUUCUUCUAAUCAUGAUGUCAGUCUUUUUUUUUGGUUUAUGUUUGAGCUGUUGCAUUACUUUAAAGCGAAAACAACGACAACAACGUACACGUGCUUCUACAAGGACUCGGGAUAGGCAGAGAAUAAUAUACCGAUAUCGACAAGAACCAUCACGGGUUGUUCAGUCUGGCUCAAUUUACACUGUCAAUACUGCAUCAUUAUCUCCACCAACUCUUAGUAUAUAUGAAGAACCACCACCAUCAUUUGUACAAAUUUCUAGUCUAUACGAAGAAUCGCCACCAUCAUAUGAAGCUGCAAUUGCUGAUCUUUCAUUCAAAGAUCAAUUGGAAUCAUCACCGUUGCCAUCUGUAACAGCUAUUGUUGAAAUUGAGAGAACGCGACUUUAA